AUGGAUUCUGUACCACUUGUGUCGGCGACGGCGACAGCGGAAAGUGGCACGGUAUCACGGAGUGGGUCAUCGGUCUCGUCGUUGUCGUCCUCGUCGUCGCUCUCUGACUUGCUCUCUACCUUUACUGCAGGAGUGGGCUCGCGGACGUCGGCGCGGGGCGCCCACCCGCGCGGAACGGCGUCGGUCCUCACGUCGACAGUCAAUCUGACAAACACUAUUGUUGGCGGAGGCAUGCUGGCGCUGCCGUUUGCAGUCAAGUCGGCUGGUCUUGUUCUUGCCGUGGCUCUCCUUGUGGCGGUCAUGAUCACCACCGCAUUCUCGGUCGGGUUGUUGGUCGAGGCCGGCAAGUCGACGCGGGCGCCGCUCUUCACCGAUUUGACAGCUGCGACGCUGGGCAGAAAAUGGGUGCCUGUUGUUCAGAUUUCUGUCAUUCUGCAGAGCUAUGGGACGUGCAUCGGGUACUACAUCAUCAUUGCCGACAUGAUCCAGCCGCUGCUUGCCGAGCUCUGGCCAGGCGGCAGUUUCUUUACCUCGCGCGCCUGGGUCGGCCUCCUUGCCCUGGCCGUGACCGGCCCGCUGGUUGAUGAGGCUAUCCAUGCUGUGCUCGACUCUGCGUACUACAUCGGUGGCCCGCAGGUUGCUCAGUUUGAGACCGAGUUCUCCGAGUACAUCACCGGUGAGGACGGCCAUUGCGCUGGCUGCUCCAACGGGACGGAUGCCAUUCUGCUUGCUCUCGAGGCGCUCGGUGUGGGUGAGGGUGAUGAGGUCAUCACCCAGGCCAACACCUACUGCGCUACGGUGUUUUCGAUCACCCGGACGGGUGCCAAGGCUGUUCUUGUCGACGUCGAUGCCGAGACGAUGAUGAUGGACGCAUCCCAGAUCGAGAGCAAGAUCACGGCCAACACCAAGGUCAUCAUGCCGGUGCACCUCUACGGCCACUCGGCCGACAUGGACGCGGUGAUGGACAUUGCCAAGCGGCACAACCUGCUGGUGGUCGAGGACGCGUCGCAGGCGCACGGGUGCACAUGGCGCGGCCAGAAGGUCGGCUCGUUCGGUGACGCCGCGGCGUUCUCCAUGUACCCGGGCAAGAACCUCGGCGGGUACGGUGACGCCGGCGCGAUCAUCGCCAAGGACACGGCGAUCAUCGAGAAGAUCAAGAUUCUGCGCAACAUGGGCCAGAAGGUCAAGUACCACCACGAGUGCGUCGGGUACAACCACCGCCUGGACACGCUGCAGGCUGCCGUGCUCUCGGUCCGCCUCCGCCACCUCGACGCGUGGAACUCGCGCCGCAAGGAGCUCGCUGCCCGCUACAUCGCCGGCCUCAACGCCGUUGAGGGCCUGACCCUCCCGACCUGGGACCCGGCGACCGUCGACCCUGUGUGGCACCUCUUUGUUCUCCGCGUCGGCUCGGCCGAGAAGCGUGACUCGGUGCUCAAGGCGCUGCAGGGCGCUGGCAUCGGCGUUGGCGUCCACUACCCCAUCUCGGUCAACAAGACCGGCGCCUACGCUGACGAGUUCAAGGACUCGUCGUACCCGAUCACCGAGGCCGCCGCCGUCGGCAUGAUCUCCAUCCCCAUCCACCCGGACCUCACCGACGACGACCAGGACUACAUCAUCGAGCAGGUCAAGGCUGCUCUUGCCUAAUCAAGUUGUGGUUGACAUUAAGUGACACCUUUAGUGGUAGUGAGGGUGGACGAGCGAGUAUCUACAUAAACAGUCGUUGUCUCCCUC